UCUCGACCAAGCUGAAUACAGUGAAGGCUGUGCCAGUAUCACUGUCACUGCAUUCGGCUAACCUACAAUGUAUGUGUACGCUCCGUACGCUUCGUCAGCCGAGAUCUAAGAAGCAGUGUGACAAAGCUAUUGUGAAGUUUUGUAUAGGCGCUCAUACGACUAUCGGUGUAUGCCCAUUGCUUUGUGGUCUAGCUCGUUAUUCUUACUAAGAAUUUGGGCAGAAGCCUGCUAUGGCUUCUCCGUCGGCGUGCGCAAGAUCCAUCCGAAUUUCACUUUUUUCAUAUGGUCAUGCCAAUGGGCCAAUUGUGCAACAGCAUACUAGGGAGGCACGAUGUCACAAAACCUUAGCUUACAAUAUUCGACAUUUGCCAAACCCACCCCGCCAUCUGCGACUCAAAGCAACCGGGCUAUCUCGGCGACUUCAAAAGGAGUUUCUCCAAAAUGAUAAUGUCGAGGCAUUUUUGGCAAAGGUCCAGCGGGAGAUUUCCGAUGUAGCCAAAGAAGAAUGUGACCGACUUUUGUAUUCAACUGAGCAGGAUGAAAAUAACCAAGGAUCUGAGGAAGCUAAUGCCCGUUCUGAUUUGAAUACGCAUUCAAGUGAGGAGGCCGCCGUAGAAGGCGCAGACAUCGAUAUAGUGGUGACAAUAUGCUGUGAAGAGGGUCGUCAUCGGAGUGUUGCGUUUGUUGAAGAACUAGCCCGAAGGCUGGCUAUGUUCAAACACGGCGAUGGCUCUUCUCAGCACUGGCAACUCAAUAUCAACAUUACACAUCGUGAUAUCGGAGAUCUCGAAGAUUGCGAGCAGUCCCUAGGUCAGAAUAAGCGCCCAAACAAGGUUCAAGCAAAGGCUAGACAAAGAGAACGACGUGAAAAGGGAAACAGGUAUGAAUCGCAUCUUGAAGACUAGACCCAAACAUCCUAGGUAUUCGAGAUUGGACCUCCCUGAGAUAUGUGGCGAAGCCAGGAAACAUAAUAGUAGCGAAACUCCUUCUAGAGAAAUACGCAUUUUAUGAAUAUUCAUGAUUGUCUGCAACCGUCCCUUUGUGGCUUGUCGCCAGCCCUGGCCAGGUUGAAGUCGUGAAGCAGGUACUCA